UCCAAAAGCAAACCACAAUCAACAUACUUCACAAUCACGAGUAUUAUAGGUUUGCCACGCCAGCCGUACGCUUUUCUGCCACAAAAAUCUAUGCUUUCCUUCUAGGCUCAAUUUCAUAUUUUCAACAAUAAUCUUGCAUUGGCAUUGGCACUUGGCACUUUAUAGUCUACAAUGGUCGUUACUCGCAGAACUCCAGUGGUACCAGCACCUCCAGUUUCCCGCACACCAUCUUCACAAGGUCAACCGCGCUCAGCUAGACCAUCUGUAAUACAGGACGCAUCUGUGCUACCUCAUGUGUCAAGCCCACUGGCAUCCGGAGACGCGUACAUCCCAGCUAUUGUGACUGGAGCCUCUAAUAACUUUAAAGAGCAUAACGACAAGGAUGAACACAAAAAAUCAAAGAAGAAAGACAAGCUAAAGAAAUCAGGCAAAAAGAAGAAACGCAAAUCCACUAUCCAGUCCCUUUUCGACUUCCUCACCAAGCUCCUUGUGCUCGCCGUCAUGGUCUACGUCUUCGCUGUCUGCCCUCGUGAAGCACAUCUCCAAUCCCCUGUUUGCCGCGGCCUAUCUGAGUACAAACGUAUCGUUCUCGACCCGUACGUCAUCCCACCAAUACAAGCGGCGCUUGCGCACCCCUCUAUCGCGCCAUAUGCGGACCGCGUUACCGAGAUUGCUGGUCCCAUUAUCUUUCGUACGCAAGCAGAGUGGACCAGACGUAUUGUCCCGCAGUGGGAGAAGCGCGUUGUUCCAGUUUGGAUUAAUCGUGUGGUUCCCACCUUCACGACCUAUGUUGUCCCGCAGUGGGAAACGCGCGUUGUUCCGCAAUGGCAGAAACAUGUUGUCCCUCAGUACGACAAGCACAUCGCGCCGCGAUUGAGCAAACUCGAACCUUACGUUGCGCGUACAGAGUCAUAUGUCGAGCAAGCGAAAACGACGUACACGACGCGUAUAGCUCCGCACGUGCGUACUGCUGUUUACAACCUGCAGCGAUGGCAGCACAAAGCACAACCUUACAUCAUCCUUGCCAUCCACAAAACUCAGGAUACUUAUUAUGCAACAAAGCCUCACGCGGUGCCUUUGGCAAAAAGAAUCGGUGUAGAGUUGCAGCACGCAGUUUUGUUCCUAAGGGAACAGAGACGGAUCUUUGUCGAUCCCCACGUGGCCAAAUUGUGGGAGAAAGUCAAGGAGUUGAGCCGCGGUUCGCCAGCAACUUCAGCGUCUACUUCUGCUUCAUCCGACGCAACGGACUUCCCAAGCCCAGAACCUAUUAUUUCCGAGACAUUGGAGCUGGAGUCAAUUUACGCAUCCAUAAAUCAACCUCCUGUGGAAACAGAUCCAGCACGCGGCAUAGCGACGGAGACAUCUGUUGGAACGCUUUUAAACGAGGAUGCAACGACAGCUACAGAGACGGAGGUACCCGCUGCAUUCGACACCGUGCCGAUUUUGUACGUCACCUCACAACAGGCAUACGCGUCCUCUUCUCACUCUCCCUCGAGAUCUGUGCCAACACCAGUGCAAACCCCCCAGAGCGUGUCGUCUCACUUAUCAGAGAGUGCACCAGUCACUUCAUCGACCAUAUCUGAUGUUGCCGAUAGUUCUUUCACUUCCACAAUCUCCACAGGCCCUACCGCCUCCAGCUCAAUUCCUACACAUAUCAGUGACAACGAUGAGAUCGACAUCAACGCAUUCUAUGCCGAACUUGGGCUCGAUGAACCCUUAGCCACAUCCCAAUCUCACGAGCAAGUGCCCCUCAAUCCCCCAGAAUCGGAGGAAGAGCGCGCUGAAAGGUUGCGCCUUAAAGCUGAGGAGACUGCCCGUAAACGUGCUGAUAUCGAGGCCCGUCACUCUAAAUGGGAAACCGAACUUCGGUCUCAAAUGCAGACUGGUUUGUCUACGCUCAAGGGCAGGCUAGGGGCAAUCAGGAGCGCUGCUGCUGGCGAGCUUGCAGAGGCGCCUGAUAUUCGAGAUGCCAUCGAGAACCUUGUAGCUGAUGCGGAGAAGUAUAUUAAAGGCGCCGAGAUCUAUCUCAGGAAUCUAAGGGCAGAGAGCCGGAAGAACGACGAGAAGACGCCGCUCUGGGAAAGAGUAGUUGAGAAGGUUAGCGUGAAGUUUUCAGAGCGUCUUGGGGUUGUGGAGGCCGUGGUCAACACGUGGUACAGUGCUAUCCUCGAUCAGGAGCUGCGCGAGGUUUACGCUGUGACCGCCGAAGUUCGCGAAGUCGCCGAAAAAGCCCAAGUCGACUUAGGGCUCGAUUAUGCUUGGCUCGACGAAGUGACGUAUUCAGACUGGCAGCGGUAUCAUUCCCUGAUUGACGUCAGCGAAAAAUUCACUGAAGAAGCAAACUCAAUACAAAACGGUACACAUGAGAAUCUGAUCAUGGAUAACCCGAUCAUUCCUAUCUUUGAGGACCUUGAAUCGGAGGUCCAGGAUGUCGUGAUUGGAUUUGAAACACGCCUGCGGCGGAUAAAACGCGACGGCGAGCGUGCAUUCAAUAACGUCCAAAAGGAUGAGGAGAAAACAGCUACUGAUCCGGAGCGUGAUGUUGGGCCGGAGGUCUCGAUUCUUCCAAUAACGGAGGAAGGUACGGGUGAGCGCACUUAUGUCCCCCCUGUUACUAUUGGACGAAGCAAGGAAGAGGUACUAGAGGCACUUGGGAAGGUUGAGCCUCUAGAGGAAAGUGCAGGGGACAAUGCUCGCGAACACACUGACGCAGGAGAAAUUGUGUCGAGUCUGGUUCGCGAGGCGGAGGUAGAGCAUUCGGAGAGCACUGCUAAUCCUCACACAGAGCUAUGAAAUUCGUCAUGUUUGGAUUAUUUAUGACAUCUAUGUUUACGGCCUUGCAUUCCUCCGUAUUUCUUCUUUACUCAUGGCAUAGCUUUGAAUCACCAUCAUCGCAUGUGGUGUACUGCCGGUCAAUCGCCGUGUUGUCACGGUUCACGGCUGUUCAAUUAACGUUCACUGGCACCAAUUACGCCGCUUUGCUUCAAAUAAUAAUUGACGCUCGGAAUUUCUUUGAUGCCCAGGCCUUGGGAGCCACGGUACAUAG